AUGCCCCCCUUACCCUGCACUCCCUUCCCUCCCAUAUGCCGCAACUCUCUCCCCCAUUCUUGCUUUUCCCUUACUGCUUUCUCCUUCCUCUUUCUCAAAUCUUCAUCUCCCUUCCGCAUUCCUUUCUUUUUCCCAUCUCCCGUUCCCCCUCCGCCGCCCCUCUGCCCGCCCCUCCCCUCCCCCCCGGUCUUCCCCCUCUCCCCCCCACCCCCCCGCAGCGACCUGGCGGCGCACAUCGACGGGUUCAUCGCGUCGGCGGCGCACACGGUGGUGGUGCAGGAGGACGCCGCCGCACCCGUCACGGGCAAGGCUGCUGACGUCAUCGCCGCCGCCAACACCGCCGCAGAGGUUGCCUUGCGGCUCUGGCGGCUCGGCAAAUGCGUCCACCGCAUGCCUGUGUCCCUUCCCACCGGCCCCGUCCCUACCUGUCCCUCAAUCCCAACCAACAAGGAGGUGGCGGAGGCGCUGCAGAAGGUGGCGGAGGCGUACGGCGUGCACGUGGUGGAGGGCGUGCUGUCGCACCAGAUGAAGCAGUUCGUGAUCGACGCCAACAAGGUCGUGCUCUCCGUCUCCUCGCCCGAGAUGCGCGUCGAGGACUUCGAGUUCGAGGCCAACGAGGUGUACGCCGUCGAUAUCGUCAUGAGCUCCGGCGAGGGCAAGCCUAAGCUGGUGGACGAGAAGCAGACGAUGGUGUACAAGCGCGCGGUGGACAAGGCGUACAGCCUCAAGCUCAAGGCGUCGCGCGCCAUCUUCAGCGAGAUCAGCCAGAAGUUCUCCAUCAUGCCCUUCACGGCGCGGGCGUUGGAGACAAAGGCAGCGCGGUUGGGGCUGGUGGAGUGUGUCAACCACGACCUGCUGCAACCCUACCCUGUUCUGCACGAGAAGCAAGGCGACAUCGUGGCGCACAUCAAGUUCACGGUGCUGCUCAUGCCCAACGGCUCGGACCGCAUCACAUCGGCCACGCUCCAAACACUGCAGCCCACGAGUGAGCUGCAAGAUGCCGACGUCAAGGUGUGGCUUGCCAUGUCGUACAAGACCAAGAAGAAGACUUCUUCAAAGAAGAAGGCUGCUAAGGAAGGUGAAGAGGAGGCAAAACCAGCUGAAGCCUCUGCAUAG